AUGGCUGUCACCCAAUUCAAGGGUAUCAGACGCUACUAUAUCCGAAAAAUCCACGACGCCCUGCACCAGCUCCACCAGAAGGAGCAGAAUCUCCUUCGCCUCGAAGCUGAAACCAGCAUUCUCAACUCACAAGUGAGAAAGAUUAAGGAAGAAGUCCAGCUGCUUCAGGACCCUGGAUCUUAUUCUCAUGUUGGUUUAGUUAGACAAGUAAUUGACAAGCACAUGGUUUUGGUUAGGGUCAUUGAACUUCCAAUCAGACAUCCUGAAUUAUUUGAGCUCCUUGGUAUAGCUGAACCAAAGCACAUCCUGCUUUAUGGGCCCCCUGGCACUGGGAAAACACUGUUGGCUCGGGCUGUAGCUCAUCACGCUAAAUGUUCUUUCGGGCACAUUUCUGCAACUAAGUUAGCUCAGAAGUACAUUGGGGUAGGCGCUAAGAUGGUUAGAGAACUUUUUUUCCUGGCCAGGAAAUAUGCUCCAUGUAUUAUUUUUAGGGAUGAAAUCGACAGUAUUGGAUCUGCUCGUGUGCAAUCUGGUGGUGGAACAGACAGUGAGGUGCAGCGGACUAUGCUAGAGCUUCUCAGCCAGCUGGAUGGAUUUGAGGCAUCAAGCAACAUCAAGGUUAUAAUGGCCACAAAUCGUAUUGAUAUUCUGGAUCAAGCACUCCUUAGGCCAGGAAGAAUUGACAGGAAGAUUAAAUUUCCAAAUCCUACUGAACAGUCUAGUUGGAAGAUCAUGAAAAUACAUUCAAGGAAAAUGAAUUUAAGGCGUGGAGUUGAUUUGAAGAGGAUUGCAGAGAAGAUGAAUGGUGCAUCUGGUGCAGAGAUGAAGGCUGUUUGCACAGAAGCAGGGAUGUUUGCUUUGAGGUAG